GAGGGAAAUAGUAUUAGUAAUUAACUAAUUAUUCUUAUUUUUGUCUAAAUAGUGAAUAAACUUCUACAACCCAUUUUUUGUUUAAGCAUGUUUUGACAGAUUUUCAGAUUAACAAAGUUUAACGAUGAGAUGUUUUUUUCCCUUUUCAAAAAGCAAACAUCUUUCUUUCACACAAACCCUUCCUUCUCACUCCUUCAAACCCUCUUCAUUUCUCUCUCUUCAUUCUCUUACGAAGAAUUCUGCAUGAAAUUAACGUUGUAGAAGAGUUGAAAAAACCCAGAAAAACUAAUUUUUCUUCCUGCAUUUUCAUGAUCUAAUUGUGAGAAUCCGGCAUCAUGACGAGGUUGACUCGUGGAUUUGCUACAAUGCAAAAGGGAAAUUCCACUGAUGUGCAAUUUUUAUCGAGUCGGUUUCCAAAUUACAAGAUAGGAGUUGAUAAUAAGGUUUUAGAGGUCAAAGAUGAGCCAAAUAUGUUGUCAAUGAAAGAGAUUGUUUCCCGUGAGACUGCAAUGUUGUUGGAACAGCAGAAACGCUUGUCAGUUCGUGAUCUUGCUCACAAAUUUGAGAAGGGACUGGCAGCUGCUGCUAAGCUAUCUGAAGAGGACAAACGUAAGGAAGUUGCUUCUUUGGAGAAGCAUGUACUUUUAAAGAAGCUUAGGGAUGCCUUGGAGUCCUUACGAGGUCGUGUGACUGGUAAAAACAAGGGUGAUGUAGAGGAAGCUAUUUCCAUGGUUGAGUCUUUGGCCGUUCAGUUAGCAAACAGGGAAGGAGAACUGCUCCAUGAAAAGGAAGAAGUGAAAAGGCUAGCUCACUUUUUAAAGCAGGCUUCUGAAGAAGCAAAAAGGCUUGUUGAAGAGGAAAGAUCUAUUGCUCGUGCUGAAAUUGAAAAUGCAAGAGCAGCUGUUCAACGUGUAGAAGAAGCUAUUCAGGAACAUGAGAAAAUGUCCCGCACUUCAGGAAAGCAGGACUAUGAAGAGUUAAUGAACGAAGUUCAAGAGGCUAGACGCAUCAAAAUGCUUCAUCAGCCAAGCAAGGUAAUGGACAUGGAAUAUGAACUUAGAGCAUUAAGAGCUCAGCUAGUGGAGAAAUCUAAACAUUCUAUUCAACUUCAGAAGGAGCUGAUAGUGAAGAAAAAGCUUGAGGAGGAAGUGACUAAUCUAUAUGAAUUAGAUGGGCAAGAGCUCUUGGGUUCAUUUCUACGGAUCCAAAAACGAUCUGAAGAUGCUGCAGUGCUCUCUGAUUGCUCGAUUCAGUGGUACCGGGUAUCAUCUGACAGUGACAAAAAGGAGCCUAUUUCAGGGGCAAGUAAGCAAGUUUACGCUCCAGAGCCAUUUGAUGUUGGACGAAUUUUGCUUGCAGAAAUCACCGUCGAUGGUGGGAAAUUCUUGGUGUACACCACUGGUCCUAUUGAUCCUGCACCAGGUUUGGGAAGUUAUGUUGAGGCGCUUGUGCGAUGUUAUGAUACAGAAUUCAAUGUAGUUAUCACUCAGAUGAACGGCGUAGAUCAACCAUCACAAUCUAUCCAUGCUCUGCAUGUCGGAAAGAUGAGGAUGAAGCUUUGUAAGGGGAAGACAACAGUUGCCAAAGAGUUCUAUUCCUCUGCAAUGCAGCUUUGUGGGGUUAGAGGUGGCGGCAACGCAGCAGCGCAAGCACUAUUCUGGCAAGUAAAGCCAGGCUUGAGCUUCAUUAUAGCAUUUGAAUCAGAAAGGGACAGAAAUGCUGCCAUUAUGCUUGCCAGGAGGUUUGCUUUCGACUGUAACGUCAUACUUGCCGGUCCUGGUGACAGAACACCCAUAGGAUCAUAAACUUGCAUCAUCUUAAAUUUUCGGCUAAAUGUAAUUAACCAAAAUUAGGAAGGUGUUGUAUAUUAUCGAUCCUGUACUAAUAGAAGGGUUGUAGCAGAGGCUUCGACUAUGUCAUGUGUGAAAUCUUUUCGUGUGCGACCACUCCGUCAUCGUCUCCCUUCCAUAACCAAGAGGGCAUCCAUCUUUUUGGGUUUACCUCUUCAUAUUUUUUUUGAUUUAUUUUAUGGGAAUCCAGGGUUGGUAUCUUUUACUAGCAUCAACCAUGUAUUUUUUAAAUUCUUUUUUAGACUGGGCUGAUAGCUCCUGAUUGAUUAUUUGUGAGUGGUUUUUGUGAUUUGAUAUAGAAAAAAAAAAAAAAAAAAAGCAGAAAAAAAGUGUGUUUAAUUCUUGUUUUUGUUG